GACAAUAAGCGUGGGUUAGACAGAAAGACACAGCAGUUACUGUGGACGGUCCGCCGGGAGACACAGCGCAGUUUAUUUAUUUAUUCAUCUAUUUAUUUCUUUGAGUGUGGGGUAUUUAUUGAAUCCGAGAGGAAGAUGAACGGAGUGACUAGAAGUCUUUGCACCUUUGAAGACAUCAGGAACAAUGAAUAUCCUGACGGUUGUAGACGACUGCGACUCACGCUCCACGACCAGAGAGAGGCGAACCGGAGCGCAGACCAGCACAGAGAUAAGCCAAUUGGACGAGCUUUCGCCCUGGUGCAACCGGCCAGCGAUCGGACCGCUUCGUACCCUGAACCAGUGAAGUCAAAAGAGGAGCAGGUGGAGAUCAUCAAGGUUUAUCUGGAGACUCGCAGACAAGAGCAGCAGAAACAACAAGAGAACCUGAAGAUGCUGUCAGAUGAAGUUUCACAGAUACAGGAGGUGAGGUACUGUCUGAAGAACCUGAGAGAGCAGAUGGCGGCCAAAACAAAGCCGCACACAAACGGGUGGAAGGUCGGAAUCCCGUUCCGAAAGAACGGGUUGUCUGCUCCCAAAACCGGAUCCAAAACCGACGGGCAGGAUGCAGAUGAAGAAGCAGAGAGAGACAAGCUGAGAGAGGUCAGCAAGCGUUUGUAUGCACAGCUGCAAGAGGCAGAAAAGAAGCACCAGGAGGAGAAAGAGAAACUGCAGGCUGAAGGCAGCAGACUUAGAGACUAUCUGAGCGACAAGGAGGAGAAGCUGAGGGUCACAGAAGAAGCCAGCGAGAAGAAAGACAAGCGCAUUGAAGAGCUGCAGAGGCUGCUGGGAGGAAUGGAGCACGAGAGCGCCACCCUGAGGGAGACCAUCCGCAGCCGCGAGGACGAACUGCGUGAGCUGCGGAAGAUGAGAGAGGAAGGCCACCAGGGGGAGCAGAGGGCUGAGCAGCUGGAGAAGGAGGUGGCUAUUCUCAAAGAAAAGAUCCACCAUCUGGAUGACAUGCUGAAAAGCCAACAGAGGAAAGUCAGACACAUGAUUGAGCAGCUCCAGAACUCUCGCAUGGUGAUCCAGGAGCGGGACCGUGUGAUCCAAGAGCUGGAGGAGAAAGUGGCAUUCUUGGAGGCUGAGAAUCGAGAAAUGCGUGACCAGAUGGAUUACUUCCUGGGGGGACAAAGGUCAAGCUCCUAUCUCUCAACAGAGCGCAAUCCACAGAUUGUGUACAGUAAACCACUGAAGCCGUCCACCUCCUCAAACAAACCACUGCCCUUCAUCAAAGUCAUCGAGAUCCGGUCAUGAGAAAACAGAAGAACCUGACAGCCAACAGCAGCAGACUUUUUUCCAGACUGAAUUCAGACAGCAGCUCUGCUGGUGACCACAUCAGAUCGAAAGGAGAAUCAGAGCUGAGCCUUCCCAAACUGCAGCUUUAACAGCUCCACUAAAGCCGCUUUCCGACUAAACAAUGUUUGAAGGAAACAAUGGAGUGAUCAGCAGCUCCCGCUGUGUAUUUGCCUCAUGACUGUGUGCAAGUCAGCUUUACGUAGAUGCGUUAGUGACUCAAAUGUGCAUUUUCUGUUUUUGCUAUUAGUCGAGUGAUAUCUCUCCUUGUUCUGACCUGUUGUCAUUCUUAUCACACAUUUGAACUUUGAGUUUAUAGCGUUGACUGUGCAGUUUUUUCCCUAUUCAUGACAACAUAACAACGCUCAACUAAAGUAAUGUAGCAUUGAUGUACUGUUGCUUACUCACACUGGCCUGAUAGAUCACGUAAAAAGCAUUAACAGUACAGGUUUGUCAUUUUCGAACAUAUGACCCUUUCAUAUGUACACAGCCAUUUGUGAGUAGAAACCUAUAUACAAAAAAAAAUGUAAUUACUAUUUGGGUCUUUCACAUUUUCAGAAUUAGUUUGGUCCCCUAAAACAGCAGGGCAUUUUGUGAAACUGUGAGCACACAGAAGGAAAACUGAAGGCGUCUUAAUUUGUACUUUGCAUGUAAUUAGAUGUUUAAAAUUCAAACAACUUUCUGCUUUUUAUUUAUUUAUGCUAAAAUAAAACCUGUUUGAUAGAAGAGCUUUUGUAUGAAGUACUUGUCUUGAUCUGUUAUCUCUGUAAUUUUCAGAAUAAACACUUUACAAAGUG